CCUCUUCCCCUCUUAUUGAUCAAGGCUCUUUGAUCGCACACAACUAGUGAAUGUUCGAUAAUGGCUUCUCUUCCUCUUUCACAUUGGAUUUACCCGAAAGCAACACCUCGAGACAGAGUUCAAAUUGUAAACACUGCAAAUUUUGAUCGAUUUCCUUCCUGGGUAUCUCUUAAUCGCUCCUCUUCAAUCCUAGAGUCUGCGUCUCAAAGAGGUCUGGUUGAAAAUUUACAUAUAGUUUCGCUAUGUAAACAAGGACAUUUGAGUGAAUCUUACAAGUUUCUUAUCGAAAUGGAUGUGGCGGGUUUAUCUGCUAGCAACCAUUCCUAUGAAUGUCUCUUGGAUAUAUGUGGGAAAAUGAAAUCUCUGUCGGAUGGAAGAUUGAUUCAUAAGCAUCUGCGCCGAGUGUUUCCGAGCCCACCUACGUUUCUUGUUAAUUGCCUUCUAAAACUGUACUGUGACUGUGGAAGUUUCUUGGAUGCCCAGAAAUUGUUCGAUGAAAUGCUCAUAAAGGAUUCGGUUUCUUGGGGUCUCAUGGUGUCUGCUUAUGCACAGAAAAGGAUGUUUUCUCAAGCUCUCAGGUUGGUUUCAGAGAUGCAUUCAACUGGAAAUAAUGUUAACCAGUCGGUUUAUCUUGGCCUGAUAAGGUCACUGUCAGUUCCAUCAUGCUUAGAGCUUGGGAAGCAGAUGCAUUCUCACAUGGUUAAGAAUGGAUUAACUCCUGACAUUCUGAUUGAUACUGCCCUGCUUAGCAUGUAUGUGAAGUGCGGAUGCUUAGAGAGUUCCAAGCUUGUUUUUGAUAGGAUGACUGAGAAGAAUGCUGUAACAUGGACUGGGUUAAUGAUGGGGUACACUCAGGCUGAUAGACAGGAGGAAACUUUGACAUUAUUUGCCAGGAUGAUAAAAGAAAAUAUUGAAUUGGAUGAGUUUGUAUUCUCUGCUGUUCUCAAGGCAUGUUCCAAGUUGGAGGACUUGGGUACUGGGAGGCAGAUUCAUGGUUACAUUGUUAAAUUGGGGAUGGAUUCAGGGGUUUCAGUGGGGACACCCCUUGUGGAUUUUUAUGCCAAAUUUGGUAGUCUAGAAGAAGCUCGUCAAGCUUUCAACAGGAUUUCUGACCCUAAUGAUGCUUCUUGGAGUGCUUUAAUCUCUGGAUGGUUGCAGGUUGGCAAAUUAGAGGAGGCUCUUGAAGUUUUCAAGUAUUUGAGAGAUAAUGGUAUGGUUAUGAAUGCCUUCAUGUAUACCAGCAUUUUUCAUGCUUGUUCAGCAUUGGCAGAUUUGAGUUCAGGUACCCAAGUACAUGGAGAUGCCAUAAAAAGGGGCUUGGUUUCAGACCUUUACGGGGAUAGUGCAUUGGUUGCUAUGUAUUCUCGAUCUGGUAGGUUAGAUUAUGCCCGCCGGGCCUUUGACUUGAUAGUUGAACCAGAUACUGUGGCCUGGACGGCUAUUAUUGCAGGUUGUGCUUACCAUGGUGAAGCUUCAGAAGCACUUACACUUUUUCAGAUGAUGCAAAUCAGGGGUAUAAAGCCCAAUGCUGUUACAUUUAUAAGUGUUUUCACUGCUUGUAGCCAUUCAGGCUUGGUUUCAGAAGCCAAGCGAUAUUUGGACUCGAUGAGUAGUGACUAUGGUGUAGAACCCACUAUUGAUCACUAUGAUUGUAUGGUUGAAAUAUACUCUCGUGCUGGUCAUUUAGAAGAGGCAUUUGAAUUAAUAAAAACUAUGCCACUUGAACCUGAUGCGAUGAGUUGGAAGAGUUUAUUGGGUGGAUGUUGGACCCAUCGGAAUGUCAAGUUUGGGAAGAUUGCUGCUGAAAACCUCCUUCAGCUAGACCCCAAUGAUACUGCAGGUUAUAUCCUAAUGUUUAACUUGUAUUCUUCAUCUGGGAAAUGGGAACAAGCCGCACAUGUUAGAAAAGUGAUGGCAGACAGAGGCUUAAAAAAGGAUAUUGGUUGCAGCUGGAUUACAGUUAAUGGUAAGGUCCACAGAUUUAUCGUGGGUGACAGGCACCAUCCGCAAACAGAAGAGAUUUACUUGAAGUUGGAAGAGUUAAAUCAUUUGGCUAACAAAUAUGGAAGCACUCAGGUGGUUGGUGAUGAUGAUGCAUUACCUGGCUUGCUGAAGGAGAGAAAAGAUCAGCUUCUUGAACAUAGCGAAAGGCUCGCUAUAGCAUUUGGACUUGUAUCAACACCUAGUACUGUCCCUAUAUUGGUCUUCAAAAAUCUCCGUGCUUGCAAUGAUUGCCAUAUUUUUGCUAAACUAUUAUCCAAUAUAACUGGACGCGAAAUCAUAGUUAGAGAUUCAAGUAGAUUCCAUCAUUUUAAGCUUGGACAUUGUUCUUGCAAUGAUUACUGGUGAACCAACAACUAGUUCCCCAUCAGCUAACCAUGGUGGGGUUCUGAGACUACCCAGUGCUUCCACUGAAGAUCAGGAUCAAAUUAUGGCAUAACCUUCGCAUGCUACGGAUGUUUAAAUGUUCAGACUUCAGACUGGGACAUAGAGUUUUCGUACUUGUUAAACAGUGCAAUCAGGCUUUCUUCAAUGCUCAUCCAUAACUUGGAACAAUGGAAAGAGGUUCAUGUGAUAUCAAUACCAUGAUUUAUGAAGACCAGAUAAGGAUUGGAUCAGACUAUCAUGUCAGACAUUAAAAUUCUCA